UGUUUGUUUUUAAGUUCUUUGACUUAUUAUUUAAUAUUUCUGAGGCUCUGUCUUGAAUCUCUUAUUUUGCCCGGACGCCCGGGCAGGAGCCUUGACGGGCUGCGAAAGGUAGGGAGGGCAUGGCACGGAAAGCCGAGGGCGGACGUGCCUUUGGGCAGGGCCGGGCCGGGCAGCACUGCGGCCACCGGCGGAGCCCCCCGAGCGGGGCAGCCGCUCAUCCCCCCGGCGGGCGAUGCCAGGGCCAGCUCUGCCCGCCGGGCAUCCGUGCGAGGGAUCCGUGCGGGAGACGACAGGGAGCAGCUGAACCUUGGCGGCUUCUCUCUGCCCUGCCUUGCGCUCCCGCUCGCCCGAGGGCGUGGAGGCGGCCGGGAGAUCUCCCUACCUGCUGCUUUUGGCCGCCGCCCCGGGCGCUGGGGAUGGGGACGCAGCGGACCGAGGCCUUUCUGCCGUUCCCUCCUGCCACUGGGCCGGAGUUGCCUCGCUCUGCGGUUCGUGCAAGGCGAUACACCGGGAAUUUGUAUAUAGCGUCGUUCGCAGGGGGAGUCACAGCAUGCUGUGGAAGAGGGGGCUCCUAAACAGCCAGGCAUGGUACCACACGUUCCCACAUCGGGGACAUUUUUCAUAGCUUUAGGUAGGGCAUUGCCACUCUUUGGCUAAGGGCACAGAUUUUGAGGAUUAGGCCUGAGUUGCCGAUAUUUAGUAGAAAUUCAUGCAUCCAAAAGCCAAAACACACUACAGAGGACAGUGAUUUUGAAAGCAGCUGGGGGGUGGAAGACUGUGGGUAACCUUGGGGCGAUGAGAAGUGUUUUAGGACAUUAUGACUGGAGAGGGGCUAUCAGGGAGAGAGGAGAGAGGGCUGGGGAUGAAGGCGUUACCACUGGCAGUAUGUGCAGGUGGUCACAGAGACUUCUGGCUGGUAACAGCAUCUCUAAGAAGCACACUUUACUCAUGGAAAAAGUGAAUUAAAGGGAAUAAGACUUUGCAGAUGGAAAAGAUAAAGGCACGACUGAAAGCAGAAUUUGAAGCCCUGGAGUCUGAGGAGAGGCACCUGAAGGAAUAUAAACAGGAAAUGGACCUGCUGCUGCAAGAGAAGAUGGCCCAUGUGGAGGAGCUGCGACUGAUCCACGCUGAUAUUAAUGUGAUGGAGAAUACUAUCAAGCAGUCUGAGAAUGAUCUUAACAAGCUCUUGGAAUCUACUCGUCGCCUGCAUGAGGAAUACAAGCCCCUAAAGGAGCACGUAGAUGCUUUGCGAAUGACUCUGGGAUUGCAGAGGCUGCCAGAUCUAUGUGAGGAGGAGGAGAAACUGUCCCUUGACUACUUUGAAAAGCAGAAGGCAGAAUGGCAGACAGAGCCACAGGAGCCUCCCAUCCCAGAGUCUCUGGCUGCAGCUGCAGCAGCUGCCCAACAGCUGCAAGUGGCUAGAAAACAAGAUACCAGACAGACAGCAACUUUCAGACAACAGCCACCUCCAAUGAAGGCAUGUUUAUCGUGCCACCAACAAAUUCAUCGGAAUGCGCCCAUAUGUCCACUCUGCAAAGCAAAGAGUCGAUCCCGGAAUCCCAAAAAGCCCAAGAGGAAACAGGACGAAUGAAAUGGAGAAGAUUGCCAAGCUGUGUGACCUGUUCCAGUAAUCUUCCAGUAGAACUGCAAACGUGCCCAGACUUUACUGAAGUGCAGAUUCAAGUGUGACCGUCUUAUUGUCUUCUAUUUAAUGCAAUAUAAGCACAAUGUUCCUGUUCUGUCUUAAGUUCCUUCCGGUCCUUAGGGUUUGGUUUUAGGAAAGUAAGUAUUACUGGUGCUACAGUUUAACAUUUCAGUUGUUCCAUCUUUUGGACUCCUAAACAAACUGAAAUUCUUUGUGCAAGUCAGGCUAUUUCUAUUGGCCAAAUGUGAUGACCACAAAUGCUUUUAUGUUCUCUCUUUAAAAACCAGAUGUUACUAAAAUUUUUUUUCUGUUUUCUCCUGAUAACAGGAGACUAUUUGAAGUGCUGAAAUGGCAGUCUGUUUGUUUCACUGAAAAACAAACAAUUUGUUUUCCAGGCUGGUAAGACUGCAUAGGUUUGUGUAGCCAGUAGAACUCUUUUAUACAGGAAAGGUUUAGGGAAAACAAGAUAGGUUAUACAGAAAAUCAGUGCAUUAAGGACACACAUGAAUUUUGAUUUACUGGAGUUUGAUUGUACCAAUCCCUGAAACUUGACUUGAAACUUGGAAAGUUGAUGGCUAUGUAUGAAUUUCGAAAAAUUAUGUGAUUUGUUGUGCUUCAGCAUCUUAAUAGUUUAUUAUUUUCAGCAGUCAAAAGACCGACUGACUUAAGAACAAGGCUCAAGUGAACUGUAUUAGAGGUCCUCCUGGGCUCUAUGGCCAACCUGCACAUUGUGGUUCUCUAGGGAACAUGCAUGAAAUAUCCCAGAUCUCUGUGUGCACAGACUGCAGCAUCAGCCAUUCUGCUGUCUUCCUGGCUUCUACAGCCAAAAUCUCCUCUGGCAGACUUAUCCUCCACAGGAGCAUAGGAAAGUUCAGUAACAUGCACGAGGAACAGUGUCAACUAAAAAUUAUGUAUUUCACCAGAACCACUGGGCUUUGGUGUCGUCAUCCUCCCUUAACCAAAACUUUCUAUUUUUGUGUCUUUUAAUAGUCAUUUGCAAGUAAGCUUUACUUCAAGCCAGUGUUUUUCCUGCUCUAUGUGUGCCAAAAGAACCCUGACUAAGGCAUCCAGAGUAGACCCCUCCCUGGAUCCAUGUCUUCACUUUGUUUCACCCAAUGUAACAACAGUUCCUCCAGGGGAACUGGGGAGGAUGACAGUGACCCCCUUACAGAAACAGGGCUUAAAAUUUACUCAUUUCCAAUCCCAGUUUUGUCACUGCCUUCGUUGUCUAAAUCUUGAGUAUUAAAUAUUCUUUUCACUAACUUCAGGAAGCAGGAACUGCUUGUUCACAUUCUUCUCUCUUUAGCUCAAGUUCUUCUCUACUAUUAUGCUAGAGUGGUUAUAUUGAAAAUUUGGCUUGUUAAACAGGAAAAACAGGGCACUGGCAACUGUAAUAAAUCCACAUAAUGCAUUUUUGCUGGCCAAAUCACAUAUGCCAUCAUUAAUUUCCCAAGUCUGCCACAAAGUACAGGAGUGAUUUAUUGAAUAUAGUCCUGUAACUUAUGCCAAGUUCAUGAGGUAUUCUCUCAUUUUAAUGUUUCAUAGCCAUAUGAACAUCUGUCAACAGCAGAGACAGAAUGUGGACCGUGUGCCCCUGAAAUUAUGUGAAGAGCAGAUUCUGCUAGCUGAAUUACUGGGAUUUGGUCUCUCUGAGAUAGCAAUAAUGGAAGAUAGUCUGACUCCAUGCUCCAAAUGGCAGUAUAAUGCAUUAUGCAUAUCUUGUAGCACAGAUAGUAGAUUCUGCUGUUGAGUGUCAGUGGUCACAUGCUGUGUGCCCUGUUCAGAGCAGUUCCUAGCAAGUUGAAGGGAAAACGUACACUAAGAUAAAAGUACGUGGACUCCCCCAAAGUACAUGCAUGAGAGCAGCAUACUUUGAUGGUAGUUGUACAUAAAUUUAAGAAGUAGUGACAAUGGAGCAGGCAAAUGGUCUGCAAUGAAGUAGUGUGAAUAGAAGGAUUGAUUUGUAGUAAUUUCAACUUAGAGUUCUGAAAUAGAUAGGGUUAGUCAUGGUUGCUCUCACUUCACUGUUAAUUUUCCAGGUUCUUUCUUUCUUGGGGGAUCUCUAAACUGAAGUAUGCUUAAGGAUGCACCACUUAACUGAUUUAGUACAACAGUUUUGUAUUUUUACUUUUUUAAACUAGUCUCUUGUGCUCUUGUGUUUAAGAAGGUUAGGGUUUUUUUUUUUAAAAAAGUACUGUGUUUGCAUCAAUCAUGUACUAGUAUUUACAGAUUUGUUUGCACAUCCUUUACAAAGUUCUGCCAUAUGAAUAGCAUGCAUUGCUGAAAACGAGCAUAACUGAAGAUGAGUCAGCAGUGCCCUGGCAGCCAGAAGGGCCAGCUGCGUCCUGGGGUGCAUCAGGCCAGCAUCGCCAGCUGGUCGAGAGAGCUGAUUGUCUCACUCUACGCUACACUGGUGAGGCCUUGAGUGCUGUGUGCAGUUUUGGAUGCCUCAGUGCAAGAAGAACAUCAGACUAUUAUAGUGUUCCAGAGGAGGAGGGUGACCAAGAUUGCAAAAGGUCUCAAGGACAAGACCUCUGAGGAGCGGCUCAAGUCACUUGGCUGGUUCAGUUUUGAGCAGAGAAGGCUGGGGGGUGUCCUCAUCAAGGCCUACAGGUUCCUCAAGGGGGAAGCAGAGGGGGAGGUGCUGAUCUCCACCUUCUGAUGACCAGCCACAGGACAUGAGGAAAUAGAGUGAAGCUGCAUUAGGGGAAGUUCAGAUUGGACAUUAGGAAAAGGCUCUUCUUUAGGAGAGUGGUUGGUCCCUGGUACAGCAACCCAGGGAAGUGGUCAAGGCACCAAGCCUGUCAGAGUUCAAGGAGCACAUGGAUGACACUCUUAAUCAUAGAGUUUAAUGCCAGGUAGUCCUGCAAGGAGUGGGGGAUUGGACUUGAUGAUCCUUAUGGGUCCCUUCAAAUGUGAGAUGACCCUAACUAUUUCAAGGAGACAGAAUAUGUAUUAUGUAUUAAGGGAUCAUGGGGGUGGGAGCAGGGAGGGAGGUAGUGUCUUUCAUAAGGCAGGAGUAUUCUUUUCUCUCACAGAAUAAUGACAUAAGUUUAAGUGAAGAGCUCUUCUUGUGACAGCCCUGGGCUCUUUUCUCCCAGGCAAAUUUCUCCAGAGACUAGAGGAAUAAUUAUGAAAUGAUAGUCCUGUUGUUCUGCAAUCAGACCCCACAAAAACCCCCCAAACAAAACAACAAAAUAAAACCCAAAAAAACCCCAAGGCUUUCACCCUGCCACCACUUUGAGCUCAUGGUAAUAGGAUGUGAAUGCUGUACUGUGUCUAAAUACUUUGUUACGGAAAUUUUCAUACCCAAGCUGGAUACAUCAGUUUUUUAAACUUUGGUGCCAAGGACCCCACUAACUAUAGAGAAAAUAUAAGGCAAAUUUUAAUACUUGCACUUCCUGAAUUCCACUUUCACUUUCUAAACAGGACCUGACCUAACCUGACAGUGGCUUCAAGUUACAGAAACUAAAUUUGAAAGAAUAGACAUGGAUGUAUUAUCUAAACAGCAUGCUAUUAAAAAAAAGUAAGACUUCACUAGCACUUUAAGUAAGUGCUUUAUUCCUUUAUUUUGCAGUUUUCAAAUUUCUCCAGCAUAGGUUUACAUUUUAGAAUUUAUAUGUUUUAGCAAUAUCUGGUGUUUUCAUUGGCUUCUGUGUUUUAAAUAUUUUACUCCUGUGCCUUGUGGGAGUAACUGUUUAAUUUGUCUGUACAGUCCAUUUUAAUAAAUGUUUGUUUCAUGUCAUGCUUUCUUCCUGCACAUCUGUUAUUUGCUUAUGCUACCAAGAAGCAGCCAUAUCCCAAAUGGUAAGACUCAGCUGUCUUAAUUUUACAGGAUGCAAUUAGCCACAAUUCUGUUAUACCUUUACAGAAACUUUGUGGACAUAAAUAUGCAGAAAGAAAGAUCCCUUCUAAUCAGCUUUAGAAAACAGAAAGGAAAAGGAGAUAGUACAACAGGUUUUAACAUAGCCAAACUUCUCAGUUUUGCCUUCUAAAGUUAAAUUGAAAGUAGCAAUAAAUAUGAUUCCCUCUCCAACUUAAAGCAGAGGAUAGCUGUCUUCUCAAGAGUCCUGCUUUGUCAUUAGGAGAUUAUAUCUACCAGUCAUCAGACUGGUGAGCACUCCUUAAUCCAACUCUCUCAGGAAUGCCCACAUAGGCUGUACACUGCUAGCAAAGGAGGUAACCUACUGCAUGGGAAUGAAAACAGUUUUGAGAAAAAAUGUAAUCCAUUGGCAUAGCUGGAUUCAGAGAAGAAUGUCUAUCCCAGACCUCACAGAGCUCAGAACCUGAGAUUGGUUAAAUAAAGGAAGCAUGAUUUUUUUUUUCCAUAGGUAAUGUCUUCAAAUACAGAUAAACCACAAAAUCUAACAACUACCCUAAUCUUUCCUUGUACCAUAGUUAUUCCAAGACAAAACAAAUAAUUUUGGCUUCUGUUCAUUUUGUUUAGCAAUCUGAAUUGUUCAGAUUUUGAAACAUCCCUCAAUAAUUUCUGUUCAUCCAGAUGCUUUUUUCAGUUCCUUAAUCCUAAUCCCAGCUGUAACAUUACUUAGAACAGUAGUCACAAAGCUAAUACACAUUCAUAGCUUCCUAAGAACUAACUCUGAAGUAUUCCCUAUAACUGACAUCAGCUUCAGUCAUAUUUGCCCAAGCUUAGCACGAUCCUGCCGUACAAUGAGCUGCAAAACCCUGGAUCUUCCGCAAUCUAAUACUGAAGUGUAGCAUUAAAAAUCGUCUAAAAAUUUAAGGAAAAAAACCAAACCAAACCAAAACAACAAAGCCCCAAAGCUUGUCUCACCCUUAAAACCACUACUUAAAAAUUUCUAUUGUGCUUUUCAGCCUUCACUGACCUUACUCCUAACUUCCCUCUCUUCCCACAAACAGUAAAAAACCCAGAAGAUCAGUGAUAUCUACUUACUUGUGACCCAGUAAAGAUCUUCAGUGUUUUGCAGUACUUGAGUUUUUUUACUUAUUUUGUCCCAUUGCCUAAUUCUUUGUUCUUCACUCUCUUUUAAUUGAUACUUUCAUAUAUUUAUCACUGAGACAAAACUGUCCUGGCUGUGUGACAAUAACUGAAUCCAAUAAACCUUGAAACUUCA